AUGGUUGAGAACCUCAUGGGGACAGUGGGUUUGGCUUUUCAACCACAAUUUGGAUAUUUUAGAAGAGUGGUUUCAAAGGUUUUUGCAAUGAUAACUAGAAUUGAUGAUAUGUAUGAUGUUCACGGCAGUUUGGAAGAACUAAAGCUUUUCACAGAAGUGGUAAACAGAUGGGACGUCAAUGCCAUGGAUGAACUUCCAGACUACAUGAAAAUUUGUUUCCUUGCACUUAAUAACUUUGUCAAUGAAUGGGUUGAUCUCUGUAAAUCAGAUCUAGUUGAGGAGGAUUCGAUUCGGUUUGAAGAAUAUUAUAAUGUUAUUCGCUAUGUAUCAACCAUCUUGCGCCUUCUCAAUGAUUUGGGAACAGCAAAGCUGGAAAAGGUGACUGGAGACAUACCCAAAUCAGUUGAGUGUUAUAUGAAUGAAAUUGGAGCUUCUGAAGCUAAAGCUCAUAGGCACAUAAAUUCCUUGAUAUGUGAAACUUGGAAGAAUUUGAAUAAAGAAGUUAGCAAUUCCUCUUAUUCAAAGAGUUUCAUGGAAGUUGCUGUGAACCUUGUAAGGAUGUGCCUGCGCAUGUACCAACAUGGAGACGGCCAUAUUGUUCAAUAUGAUGAAACCAAGAAACGUAUAAUAUCAUUGUUUUUCCAGCCUAUUGCUUGA